GCUUCCGGUGUUUGUGGAGUCUCUCAAGCCGUUUCUGAGGUUUCCUCGCCGCCUCCACCUGAGUUCAUUGCUCAUCGCGAACGUCUGUGGCAAAAGCUGAAACAAGAGUAUGAACAUUUUGUUGCUUCACAGCCUCGUUCACCAAUUGAAAUCACCCUCCCGGAUGGAUCAACGGUAUCGGGCAAGGCUUGGGAAACUCGCCCUAUUGACAUUGCCAGAAAUCUGGAUAAGAAUAAGGCCGAAAAGUUUGUCAUCUCGAAGGUGAACGGCAAGCUGUGGGACCUUGAACGACCGCUUGAAGCCAACGCAACGAUUGAAUUUCUCGAUUUCGAUGACAAAGAUGGUCAGUACGUGUUCUGGCACUCGUCUGCACACAUAAUGGGUGAGGCCAUGGAGCGCGUCUACGGAGGCCAUCUAUGCUACGGUCCACCCAUUGAGGAAGGAUUCUACUAUGACAUGUGGAUGGAGGGAAGGUCAGUGUUUUCCGCAUGGCCUCUCGAAUAUUGGUUACACUGCAAAUUAGUCAAUAGAAAACAAGUCCGUCCCGAAGAAUACCCGCAAAUUAACAAGAUCUGUACUUCAAUCAUCAAUGAGAAGCAACCCUUUGAACGUCUGCUCUUGUCAAAGGCGGACCUCCUCAAGAUGUUUGACUACAACGAUUUUAAAGUACGCCUUCUCAAGGAACGUGUUAAGGAACCCAAGACUACUGUCUACAAAUGUGGCACCCUCAUCGAUCUCUGUGUGGGCCCCCAUGUUCGUCAUACCGGUUGUGUGAAAGCCAUCACUGUCACAAAAAGUAGCGCGUCGUACUGGGAAGGUCGUCCCGACGCCGAGUCUCUUCAACGCGUCUAUGGCAUCUCUUUUCCUUCUCAGCAGGCCAUGAAGGACUGGAAACACAUCCAGGAGGAGGCUGCAAAGCGGGACCACCGGAAGCUAGGUCUCGAGCAGAAGCUCUUCUUUUUCAACGAGCUCUCUCCUGGUAGUUGUUUCUUCCUCCCCGCCGGUGCGCACAUUUACAAUAAAUUGGUGGAACUGAUGCGAUCCGAGUACUGGAAACGUGGCUUCCAGGAAGUUAUCACACCCAACAUCUACGACUCCAAGCUGUGGGAGAUAAGUGGCCAUUGGAAACACUACGCGGAUAACAUGUUCAAGAUAGACAUUGAAAAGAAGUUGUUUGGCCUGAAGCCCAUGAACUGCCCUGGUCAUUGCCUCAUGUUUGCCCACGAAUUGCGUUCACAUCGCGAUCUGCCACUUCGUUUAGCAGAUUUUGGUGUGCUUCAUCGAAACGAGUUCUCCGGUGCUCUAACCGGACUGACACGAGUUCGUCGAUUCCAACAGGACGAUGCUCACAUCUUCUGUCGUGAAGACCAAAUUGAGACUGAGAUUAUCAAUGCAAUCAAAUUUGUACAACAUACCUACGGUAUAUUCGGUUUCUCCUUUGAAUUCUUCCUCUCUACGCGUCCUGAGGACUUCAUGGGGGCUAUAGAACUAUGGAAUCGUGCAGAAAAGCAAUUGGAGAACAGCUUGAAAGCUAGUGGUGUAAAGUGGACUCUCAAUGAGGGCGAUGGAGCAUUUUACGGUCCUAAGAUCGACAUUGUUCUCUUUGAUGCGCUUCGUAGACGCCACCAAUGCGCGACCAUUCAGCUGGACUUCCAACUGCCUGAACGCUUCAAUCUCACUUACCAAGCGUUCAGUUGUGUCAAUUGUCUCUUCGAUGUUGAAUUCGAUUCCAUUCCAAGUGCCUAUUUUUCAUCUUUUAGAGGUGACGCAUCUUCCGCUAAUGGUGAUAGUUCAACUGUUCUCAAACGUCCAGUUAUUAUUCACCGUGCUAUCCUCGGAUCUGUGGAACGUUUCAUGGCAAUUCUAACGGAGAAUUUCGCCGGGAAGUGGCCGUUCUGGUUAAACCCGCGUCAGGUGUUGGUAGUACCUGUGGUCUCUGCGCUGGAUGAGUAUGGUCACAAGGUGCGCAACCAGCUUCACGAGGCCGGUUUCAUGGUGAACAUUGACACCGAUCCCGGCCGAACACUGAACAAGAAAGUUCGCAAUGGGCAACUAGCCCAGUACAACUUCAUUCUCGUGGUGGGUGAAAAGGAGCUGAACAAUGGGACAGUGAAUGUUAGAUCACGCGAUAACAAGGUCUUGGGUGAACACACAGUUGAGCAUCUGAUUGAACGCUUCAAGGAGUUCUGUGCCACCAGGACAGUCUCGGCGGAAACGGAAUUAUAA